AUGUCAGCUCGGCGCUAUCGAUCCACUGUCGCCUGUCACUCUUGCCGUUUGCGCAAGGUCCGGUGUAGCAUCAACGUUACCGGCGUGCCGUGCAUCCGCUGUGCCCAGGACCACGCUGAUUGUGUAGUGGACGACGCAGCGUCAAUACCUCGAACAAAUCGUCGCAAUGGCUUGAUGCGACAGUCGUUGCGCGCGGCUACCAGCAGUCCGCCCAGUCGCGUUGACACGUACACUGGGGGAAAUGUCCCUCCCCCCGACACCACAGCAAAUUCUACACCGACCUUCCAGAGGCAUUCAGCGGGACCGUCAGCUAUUCCUGGGUCUGCUGAACAAUACAGUAUCCAGGAUGAGGAGCGAAAUGGGCUUGAGAUCGCUGCGGCCGCCUUGGGGAACCCCGGACGAGCUGGACAGGUUCCCUUCUACACUGGUGACAAAACCGGGAUAACAUCUACCUUGUCACUAUCUUCUGGAGAGUCUCUGGCUAGACACUUCCUUAUUCCAACGCGCGCCACCGAAUCGCUGUGUGAGGAGGACCGCAACUACCUCAAGAGUAAAGGCGUCUUCAAUCUCCCUAGCAGUGAGGCUUGCGAGUGUCUUCUUCAAGCGUACUUCCGCCAUGUACACACAAUCGUGCCCAUUAUUGAAGCCGAUCAGAUUCUGUACUUCUUUCAGGCCGGCCGACUUCACGAGUAUAACCUACUUCUCGUGUGGAGUGUGUUCUUUGUGGCUGUAAACUUUGUCCCAUCUAGUAUCUGCGAGCGGGAAGGGUACGAUUCGAGGAAGGCGAUGAAGGCGGCCAUGUACUCUCACGCAAAGUGCCUGUACAGUAAUAGCGGAGAGCGGGAUAAGACAGUGCUUUUGCAGUCUUCCCUCAUGCUAGGCUUUUGGCACUCUGAAGUAGACGAGCAUGCGCAGCCCUGGUACUGGACCGGGGUUUCUAUCAGCCUUUGCCAGAUUCUCGGCCUGCACCGCAACCCUGACGCGGCGCGAUACAAUGCAGCCAUCACAGACCAACAGCGGCAUCUGUGGCGACGUCUCUGGUGGACGUGCUUUCUCCGCGACCGGUGGUUGAGUCUAACGCUUGGACGACCCCUACGCAUUGAUCUCGAUGAUUGCGACGUGGCUAUGCCGUCGGUGGCAGAUAUACUUUACGACUUCAAAAACAUUCCUCAGUCUCUUUUUUCGGCCUUCAUCCCUGAUGACUUGCCUGUUCUGGCUGAAUACUGGAUUAUGUUGAUACAGCUAAGUAGGUUACUUGGCUCCGUCCUUACAUUAGGCUAUAAGACAGUGCGACCAAAACCAUCGCGUGAACAGAUCGAGACCCUAGAGGCAGAGAUCUUGCAUUAUAAGCCUCCAGAACAAUGUCCCAGUUGGAAUGGCUCCACCCGGUUCUAUCUGCACCACCUUCAGCUACACUAUGAGGCAAUUCUUAUCGUUCUGUACCGACCAUGUUUAACGGACCCGCCAGAUGGCAUAUCCCCUAACCACCAGCUGCAGUGGCAAGAAACAAUACGUACCAAAGCAGAUGCUGCGGCGUCGCGCACAAACGACGUUCUGGAGACUCUCGCUCAGGAAAACCUCCUCGAAUAUGCCUUGCCCAUGACACCACCGCUCCUCAUCCCUGCAAUGCAGAUGCACCUCCUCAACUGCCGCUCCGGCAACCCUCUAUCGCGACGCCUGCGCCUGAACAAGCUCAACGCAUGCAUGAUGGUCAUGGAGGAAUUCCAGAAGGUGUACACAGUGGCAUCAAUCUACCGUGGGAUAUUUGCUAUGGCAAUCCAGCAAAUCUGCCCUGAGGCCGCUGGUGAGAUCACACAAGCUCCUGCUGCUCCUGCUCCAGCCCCUGCCCCAGCUCCAGGGGUAGCUGUACCCCAACCAGAUCAAGGCCAGUCGACUGGAAUCACCACGGGUCAUCCCGUUGUUAAUAAUGUUGACCUCGAUCCAAAUGUGGACAUGACUAGUAUGGUUGAUGCACUUUUGGAUGAAUCGUCGACCUUGAAUUUCUGGGAGACGUGGAAUCAGAUGUGGGUUGAGUAG